GCGGCCCGGGACAGUAUGGCGGCAGCCUUUCGGCCCGCGAAGCAAGUCCUACCGCUGCAGGCGCUGCGGAGUUUGGUGUAUCCAGGGCUGGGAGGCUCGGGCUCCACCUGCAGCCGCUGCCCUCUCGGAGCUAAAAGAUACCUACUUACAGAUAAUAUUGUGAAAUUAAAGGACUUUCAGCAUAAGAAGGUGGCCGUUGCAUGUAAUCUUCCUGGCACCAAAGAAACCUAUUUGAGAAACUUGGAAGAGAAACUGACCCAGAGUAAGCUCAUCUUGAAAGAGGAGUUGAGAACCUUACUUCAUCUGUGUGAGUCCUGGGACGACGUGGAGCUGGCUAAAAAUGUCAUUUACAGGUACCAUGCAGAGAACAGGAAUAUCACUUUGGGGGAGUACAAGUUUGGACCACUUUUCAUGAGGUUGUGCUACGAGUUGGAUCUUGAGGAAUCUGCAGUGGAGCUCAUCAAAGACCAGCAUUUGCGAGGUUUCUUCUCAGACUCCACAUCAUUCAAUAUUUUGAUGGAUAUGUUAUUUAUCAAAGGUGCAUUGGAAGUACUGAUUGAGAUGAAAAACCAAGAUGUGAAGUUCAACAAAGAUACUUACAUCCUUGCUUUUGCAAUUUGCUACAAACUGAAUAGCCCUGAAUCUUUUACAAUCUGUACCACGUUAAGAGAAGAAGCCCUCAUCAAAGGAGAAAUCCUCUCCAGGAGAGCAUCCUGUUUUGCAGUGGCAUUAGCUCUGAACCAGAACCAGCUGGCAAAAGCUAUAUCCAUUUUUUCUCAAAUCAUGAAGCCAGAAAGCAUAAUCUGCACUAAUUUAAAUCUUAUGAUCCAUAUCCAGUCAAAUAUGUUGAAAACCCUAAUAGAUAUACUAAAGGAUGCUACAGAGGGAAAUCUAUCAAGAUUUGUGAAAAAACAUGUGUUCUCAGAAGAAGUGCUGGUCAAAGUGAGGGAAAAAGUGCAGGAUGUGCCCGCUCUUCUGGCCACAUUUGAUGAGCUGUAUGAGAAACUGCACAUACAUGGCCAGGUCACCACGUACACUUUGGAUGCUCUGCUCUGCCACACCCCCAGUGACAGGAAAUCCCACACGGUGCUACUAAACAAGAGGACAGUCAGCCGUCGGACCUUCCAGCCGCUCAGCCAGUCCCUGUGGGCUGAGUAACCCUGGGUUCAAACCAUCCGUGGGUCUGAGUUGGAGGGGGGCCUGCUUCUAGUGAAUUACUGGCUUCCUAAGAAAUCAGGCAUCGUACUCCAGUGUACAGUAUACUAACACUUGGUCUCCUUAAAUUUCCAAGAUCACUGAGUGCUGGCAUGCUGCCUUGAGACGUUCAUAUGUUGUGGCACCAGGAAGAUCUAGAUACAGGCAAGCAGAAAACUCGGGCUCCCAUGGGAAGGAGGCUUCCCCUUGUAAAGGGCUGAGGAUCCUUGAAGGAACAUGGUCACGGUCUCCAGGGGAACCCAAUAAGCACUAACAGGAAGGAAUUUCACUAUAAGUGGCCACCUCCAGCUAAUUUUCAGGGGAAUAGUGGUCUGAAACCCUACUCUACCAUGCUGGGAAAUAGCCCAGGAUUUUCUCACUGCUUCUGUCAUCAUUUACCUGUGACCCUAGACAAGAUACUUAAGCCCUCAGUUUUUCAUCUGUAAAAUAAUAGUGCCUAUGUGAAUCUCCAUAUUGAUUUGAUAUUUUCAUUCAGGGUUCAGUAGGGUCAAGUUUUCUCAAAAAUAAGAGAAAUUAAAAGGUUCCUGAGAAAACUUGUUGUUUUCUCAGCAGAACAAACAAAACCAGAAUUUAACUCUCAGAACUGAUAAUAAGCCAAAAUUUAAAUGGUUACCACUUUGGUCAUGGGCAUUCCAUGUGCUUUUCAAAAUAAAUGCCAAUAAAAACCACAUUAACGCUCUCUGUA